AUGACAAUACUUCAGGACGCCGUUGCUCCUGCGCCGGUUGAUGUGGUUCGCGCCCACCUCAACCUCACGGCCCCCACGACAGGAACCUUGAGAUUUUUGCGAGCAAUUCUCGGCCUUGGUUCCUACGAUGAGUGUGAAUCCAAGGCCGUUCGCGCUUCAAACAAAAGGGUCGGGAAAAUAAAAAGCUCUGGUAUUAGUCGACCACCGAUCAGGCCCGCGACCAGAGACAGGAAAAAGCCAGGCACAGCAACCCAACUCCAUGAGAGCAAUGACGAGCAGGUCCCACGUCUGUCGCCGGCCGAGCGGCGAAAGAUUGCCACUGAAAUAUUCAACUCCACGUUGAAGAGACUCGGAGAGGCUGUCAAAGCUCUAAGAGAAUCUCCAGCAACAAGCAGCGCGCCGUCCUUUGGGCCCGGUGACGGACCACUCCAAGCACGAUCAUCCGACAGAGAGCGAAAAAUCCCCGCCAUCAACUCCAAGAAGAGCACCCCUUGCCCUCAUCCAACGGAUUGGGGCUUAUUGGCAGACAUUUCAUACUCUGCAUUGCAGUUUUUGAGGAAGGAUGAUUCCAAAGAUGUGAUAUCCACCGCGGACAGCAACCUAGGCCUGGAUAAUGCCGCAUUGAUCUUGCUAGACAGAAGCAUUUCCUUGAAUCUUACGACCCAAUCACAACGUCAGCUCUGCGACGUCUACGAAAGAUACUGGGGAAAUCAGGUCAAAAGGAGACCUGCUCCUCAAGCAAGCAUCGCGAGGUUUCUACUGGGGCGGCCAGAUGCAGCAGAUAACAGCCACAAGUUCCGAUUCACAGCAUCUUUGCAAAGCCAAGCUCUGCGCCUUUCUCUACUGGUUGGCGCAAAAUGUGUCGACCUAGAGCUUCUGAGGACACUUCAACAGGAAACCGUUGGAAGUCCAGCCUGGAUUACGUCAAAAGGACUGGACAAACAGCUCCUGACAUUAGAACAGUCUUCCUCGCAGCUCCGCACUAUAUCUCAUGCCUUAUCUAAGCUGUACGCGCUUUCCACGAGCUCACAAGCAGGAAACUCAUCAUCUGAAGACCUUUUCAGACUCUUUUGCUUGUCGUUACGCAUCAAGUUCGAUUCCUGGAUUCACUCUGGCCACUUACCUGAACCUGCAACAGAAGUAUGGCGACCGCUUCACAGAGCAAUCAAGCGACUAUUCGCGACAUCCAAGGAUAUAAAAGGGUCGACAACUUGCAUGUUUGAAGAACUUGCUUCAUUUCACAAGCUUAUGGAGGUAGCAAAAUGCGAAUUUUUGGUUCCGGCAGAUUUGAUGGAGACUCUGCUGCAUGUUGUCCGAGAUCCAGACGAAUAUCCUCAGCUCAUUGCUCUGGUGGAAGAGCGCCUUCGGCAAAUCAGCGGCGUUUCGCAUCUGAUUCUACGGUGUCAAAUCACGUUACAGCGUCUAAGAGUUUCAAGUGGGUCGUCAAAAACAUUGGAGUCGUUAAAGGGUGUGGAAAGAGCUCUUGCAGAGGCAGGAGAAGUCUCUGCAUCAGAUCUCGACCGGUUUCUACUAUAUCUGGCCCAGCUUCGCAAAGCAGCCGCGGAACUGAUCUCGGUUGACAAAGCGCGACCUGUCACGGGAGAAAAUCGACUUUCCCAAGAUUUCCAGUCGACUCUUAUCCGCUUGACCUAUUGUUCUUUCAACUUCCUGCGUCGCCACACCGGCUCAGUCCUGCUGCCAAUACCCGAAAAUUCAAGCAUCGAGAAUCGCAAGGCCUUCAUGAUUACGUUCCUGAAGUCCAUUGAUGCUGUGCUGUCCACCGAACAAUGUGCUAUCAUGGGAGACUCAGAAUUGGCGGCGGAGGGAUUAGAAGCCCUCAAAGGUUGCUCUGCAGUAAUCCAAUCUCUUCGAGCUGAAUGCGCUAGCUUGAUUACGCUCUACCAAUUGGAGUCGUCGUUCAACCAGCUUAGAGUACGGAUAUCUCAGUUGUUUUGGUCACGGUACUUGGAAGUCGUCAGAGAGAGCAAACCUCCUUCGGAACAGGCCAAGAUCCUAGACUUAUCCCUUGUGGGACUAUUGGACUUGCCAUUGAACGAUCGAGAGGGAGUGCAUAUCGCCCUCAAAUAUGAAAGGUUGGCAGCCUGUUAUUUGGAGAUGCACGACUUUCAAAGGGCUAACGCCGCUCUUCGAAAUGCCAUCGAUACCAGCAUUAAGGAAGAGGUCCUCAGUCAUGCUGCCGACCUGCUCCUAUCUGUUUCAUUUUCUCGUGCGUGGUCAGAUUCGAAUCCGGGAUGCAAAGCUUUUGGAAGAGUCCUAAUCACGUAUUCUAGAUCAGUCCUUGAUCAUGCCUCGACAAAUGGGAACGAUGGGAGCUUUUAUGAUGACCCAUCCUUACCAGCCUUUCAUCGCGCAGUGCUGCUCGAGAAACAAUUACUUGCCAUGUUGGAGCUAAGCAAGGAUGACCGUCGUCUCAGUCUGUGUGCAACAACGGUGAAGACCAUAUUGUCACUCAUGCAACAGCCGCAAUAUCAUGUGUACAUCAUGAGGUUCAUCAAUCAGCUAUUGGAGUUGGCCUUGAGGAAGCGGCUGCCACCUUCGACCUUUGUAAUUGACUCCUCUGUCAUUCACAGUCUACUCACAGUCAGCCUUCCCGCAGGGGAAAAUGUCUUCCUGGGCAGAUAUGAGCCAGAACUUCGGUCGCUCCUCUGCCUCCAACAUGGAUUCUUUGCCGGACUGCUGCCCAUCCAAACUUUGUCGCAAGGGGUAAAACAACUGUGCGAGAUCGUUCUGGGCUGCAAGACACGUGAAGAGACACGUGUGGACUGUCUUGAUGCGGAAGCACACAUCGCUCCACUUCUGCUUUUCGUCGAAUACGCAGCAAUUCUUGGAGACUGUGAUACUGGCCUGACGGCUCUGGAAGCUUUGCAACAUUUAGGAAAUCUCGGAGUCCACGGUCAAGAAAUAUCACCCAAGAGAAUCCUCCUCCGCAAAGGUCAAUUCUACGACGUGCUGAGGGAACUUCAGUCCGCCCGUAAGGUAUUUUCCAUGGUCGAAACGACAUAUGAAGGCAAGAAUGACCCAAUGUUCGAAGCAGAAUUUGCACUCGCCUACUCGGAACACCAUUUGUAUGCGGGAGAUUUAGAUCAAUGCUCCAUGUGGCUAGAGCGCGCUCGAAAUGCAUGGCAGGCCCGGGAAACAUCAAGAAACAGGGUGUCGAGCAAGGCUAGGUUGCGAGAACAGAGUACAUGGUGCAGAGCUGCUCAUUUGGCAUCGCGACUGGCUUAUGAUUCAGGUCAGCUGGCAAAGGCCAUCGUUCUCGCACGACAAUCCGCCAAAGUCUCAGCAACUAUCUGGUCUUCUAUUGAAAGAAUCUGCACCUCCGCAACUCCUCCACAGUCAGAUGGCUCGUUCGAUCCUGAACUGCACAGUCUUUCCGUCGACUUCUCCAAUCUUGACCUGUCCUCCGCUCCGGUGGUACGAUUGACGUCGAGCGCAAUUGUGCUUGGGCCCGAGGUGUCGUUGUGCUGCUCGGUGUUCAGCCACAUGGCAUUUCUGAAUGCCCAUUGCGGCAUAUAUCAAGACGCCGCUAUGUUCUAUGAGCAGACACUGAAGUCUGCGCGGAAAUGGGGGCAUUCGAUCCAUACGAUAGUUGCCCUGAGUGAGCUAAGUCUGCUGCACGCCCGAGCUGGUCAGGUCGAGAAGGCACAAAAUACAGUUCACGAGCUGUCACAACUCACGAAAGACUUCCAUGUACAUUGGAUACGGGUCCUUGUGUCUCUUAACCAAGUCGAAACAUAUCUAAUACUUGGGGACGACUCAGCCGCUUCCCGGUGCUUGGUCGAGACAAAGCACCUUCACCUUGACAAGGAUUCUCCGUCCAUUAGACUGGCUGUGAGCGAGAUUCAAAAAGUUACUGCCACUAGCGCCUCGGCAAAGCCUUCAGGGAGGAAACGUGCUGUCAAGGGACAGAAAGGGAAUGAGUCGAUCAAAUCUACGCCGAAGGAGUGUGCAUCAUCCUUGGAAUCUUCUUUGGAGCUGAGUGGCUUCAUUGCGAGAAUAUCAAUUCUGGAGUCUAGACUACGGGCUUGCCAUGGUUACGCGGAUUCGAUGAAUCCCUCAGAUACUGGCUUUCGAUGCGACAGAUACGGCGAUGGCCGGAGCUCCACAUCAGUCGCUCUCAGUUUGGUCCACUCUGCGCUCAAGAUCUUCUCUGAAGAUACCAUACAUAAUGUGCUCGCCGAAACAGCUGUCGCAAUUCCCGUAAGGUAUCGAUCAGCGAGGAAAAGUGGCAGGGUAUCAUUUGUACAAGCUGCAGGCUCUCGGGCACUCUACGGAAAGAACGAUGACUCGAAGAAGAGGUCGAGGCAAAAGCAGACGGCAGAGACAUUAAAGGACGGAACAGCACUGCUGCUUGAAGCCUACGACAUCCUCCGGCAAGUAAGCGACAAAGAGCAAAAUCGAAUAGCCUGCGACACUGUUCACACUUGCCACAAACUGCUGACCCAGAUCAGUUUGCUUUCAUCGGCCUUGAACCAACCACUGGUCAGCUGUACUUCAAACGUCGUGUUGGACAUAACGGGUCCGCUCGAUCUUGCCCUGACACGCGAGCGCUUUGUGACUGCGGGCGAGGUCAGUGCGGCCAAGGGAAUAAGCAUGGAAGAUUGGCCCAGUGCAAAAACUGUCGACGACCACGGCGUGUUUCGGUUUCCAGACAAAUUGUCGAAUUACGACACGAGCCUUUUGCCACCAUCGUGGUCUGUCGUAUACCUUGGACUCAACGAAGAUAGAAAUGAGCUUUUUGUGGCCCACUUGGCGUACCAGAGGUCGCCAUUUGUUGUCAGGGUCCCACUAUCCCGACCAGAUCCAUCAGAAGGAGACAACGAGGAACUUGACCUGAAAAGUGCCAAAGCCGAGAUGCAAGAGAUCGUCAUGAAAGCGAACUCUAGUGCUCACGAUGCUAGGGGUUCUUCGGUCGAUAAGGCUGUCAGAAAAGCAUGGUAUGCCGAGCGUCAAGCCUUAGAUCAUCAGCUCGCGACGCUUCUGGAGAAUAUCGAGAACAUCUGGUUUGGCGGCUUUCGAGGACUACUCUCUGCCUGUGACAUCGACGAGAGCGAACUCAGGAAAUUCGGACAAUGUCUCUCUUCAGCACUGAAUAGACACCUUCCCUCGAGGCAGAAAUCGUCCAAGUCAUGCGACCAUGUGAUUGAACUUCAUGAUCAUGUGCUGGAGCUUUUUGUGGCGCUCGGCCAUCCUCGAGAAUUGGAGUUGGAAGAUGCGGUCACAGACCUUCUCUACUUUGUUAUUGAUAUAUUACAAUUCAAUGGUGAGCGCAACGCAUAUGACGAGAUCGAUUUUGACGCCAUGUUGGUUGAGGUAUUGGACGCGUUGCAUUCUUACCACGAUCGACGUUCAGUGUCGCGCGAGAAGCAGGGCCAUGUGAUUCUGGUCUUGGAUAAAGAGUUGCAGCUGUUCCCUUGGGAGUCGUUGUCAUGUUUGAAGAACCAAGGCAUCUCCAGGAUGCCAUCCAUCGCAUCUGUUUGGGAACGGUUGAAAGUCAUUGGAGGACAAGGGCACGACCUUGAAGGCUACAUGAUUCCGAGAACAGAUGGUGCAUAUAUCCUCAACCCGUCUUCUGACCUAAAGGCAACGCAAGAGACUUUUGGCCAGAUUUUCCAGACUCAGCUGCCCGAAUACCGUGCCAUUGUCAAUCGGCAGCCGGAGGGAAAUGAGUUCGAGGCGGCUUUGAAGGACAGUUCGCUCAUGCUCUACUUUGGCCAUGGCGGCGGUGGGCAGUACAUCAGACCUCGCACCAUCCGAAGGAUGGAAAAGUGUGCAGUGGCACUGUUGAUGGGUUGCAGUAGUGCCAAGUUGACCGAGUGCGGAGUCUAUGAGCCGCAUGGAAUGCCUUUGAGUUAUCUCAGUGCAGGCAGCCCUGCAGUGGUGGGAACGCUGUGGGAUGUCACUGAUCGGGAUAUUGACCGUUUCGCAAUGGAGCUUAUGGCGGAAUGGGGAUUGAUCGACAUCGAUGGCAGCUCAGGAGCACAGACACUCCACAAGCCUGGCAAUGCCAGGGCUGGCAAAGAUAAUGGGAAAAGGCACCAGACAGGUCAUGGGCAGAAAGCUGGACGAGUGUCUUUGGAUGAGGCUGUGGCAAACUCUCGCGAUGCGUGUUUAUUGAAGUAUCUCAACGGGGCAGCGCCUGUGAUGUAUGGGAUACCCGUGUUUUUGGGUUAG